UCAUGAAAAACAAAAAAAAUAACGACCGAAAACGGAAAAACGAAAACUACAGCGUGCCCGAUUGAUUUUUAUCUAUAUUUACGUAAAAAUGUAUUGAAGUGUACGGUUUUUAUACAUAAAAUAAAUACAAUUUGUAUUUAAGAUAUAUUGCACAAGUUACUUUUGUAGUGCGUCGUUUUAUAUUAUCAAAAUGAAAGAUCCCUUUGUGACCGACUCCGGUAUCGAUUCGCCAACAAGAGAUAGUCUUAAAAAUAUUGAAGGAUGUUAUAAUAAAAAUAUAUUUAAAGGGAAAUCUUUUGCUAAUUCACGUCGUGCCUUGCAAUCAGGGGCUGAAAAGAUAUCGAGGACGUUCAAGAGCGUUAGAAAUACUUUCGGCAAUUUAUCGCAGCAUUUUAGACUUGGUGGUAGACGUAGACAUCGGCUGACAGAGGCUGGCUCUCCCUGUCGGAUACCUACAACUCCUGUUACAAAGAAAAAACAGAUCAUGGGCAGGAGUCCUACCAAGCUGUAUAGUCCAUUUGGCAUCGAAACACCUCAUAGUCGUGAUUUUAGGAUGUCACCAUACAUGCCGGAUACACCAGAUCAUGGAAUAUCACCAAAGAGGCGUAAAGGAGUUACCCAUUCCUGGCACAUUUUAGCCAAGAAGCGUCCAAGGGCACUCUUCCAAUAACAAAUAACAUUAAUAUAUUAAACAAUAUUAUGCACAAAUAACCCACCGCUUAGUGUAAGUUUAUAAUAAGCUUUGAAUACAAUAGUAUAAUUUUGUAUGAUUGGUGCUAUGGAGUUAACGGAAUGCUUUCUAAAGAUUGUAGAUGCUUCCAACCUUAUGAGGCUCUGAAAAAGACAGACUGAUAAUUUCUAUUUAACAUCAUCUAAAUGUUCAUAAUAAUAUCUAUUUCGAUAAAGCGAACCACAAUUUUAGUUUUAUAGAGCAAGUUAAGUUGUUCAAUACUAGUAUAGAUAGUAAUUUAUUCCAUGAUAUCACUUGUAAUUUAUAAUUUAACCUAAUAUAAGUUUUGUCACACAAGUAUUGUUUGGGUGUAGCCUCACCAACAAUC